CAGCACCUGCCUAACUGCAAUGGGGUGUGACAGGGCAUGGGAGGAGCGUUCGGCUUCAGACAUUCAGAACGUUACAUUUUCCGUGGGCCGCUUGACGUGAAGACUUUUGACCAAAUUCCAGAAUAGCUCGAAGCGCCGAGCUUCCACCCUCUCGACUGAACCUCUCUCUGUCUUGCCCUUGUUGAAGCUAUCACCAUGUCCUGGCUCAAGGUGGAUAUGACCAAUAUACGGUUACCCUUACCUUAGGUAUAUUUAGUCGCCUCUGGUCCUCCUUCCUUUCCCUUUUUCUCUAUUUGUCUUCAACAGUCAAGACAUUCACCGCCAACUUAUUCCUCUCUCGUGAUCACUUCCUCUAUACCUUAUGAUUUGACAGUCCUCACCGCUGAAUAAGUUGGGGGACAGCACGCAACGACAUUGCCAACAUGGUUCCUAGACCUCCAUACAAGCCUCUCGACUGCACUUCAGAGGAGAUCCGCCUUCUCACUUUCGACAGUUUGCAGAAGGUCCCCACAGAGUCGGACUCUGCGUCGGCAGUUAUCUCCCUUUCCCUCAGCCAUGUCGCCCUCUCCGCACCCUCCUCACCUGCAACACUGCCGCCCUUCCAGGCCCUCUCCUAUGUCUGGGGCAUUCCGGACCCCGAUAAGCCCCUUCCAACCAUCCUUCUCGACGGUAUUUCCAUGACCGUUACCCCCAAUCUUCACUCUGCUCUAUGCUUCCUCCUCUCGCAGCAACAGCAACCGGAGGACAAUGGCUUCAAAACAAGCUUCUGGAUAGACGCCUUGUGCAUCAACCAAGCCGACAACGAUGAGAAGGCCUUCCAGGUUCCGCUUAUGAGCAAAAUCUACACAAGCGCCAUGAGGGUGUUCGUCUGGCUAGGCUUGCUACCCCGUCCGGGUGAAGGGCCUCAUAGGGACUGUGGAUGUACGCUCAAGACGGUAACCUGGCUGGGGAGUAUGUUCAGACAGCAGGUGAAGAAGAAACGGGAAGGUCCGCUUCUCAGCGCGCUUAAGGGUCUUAGCGAGGAAGAUCAGAGGAAGAAGGUUGCGCAGGGGUUUGUGUGGACUGUGCUUCAGUUCAGCAUCACCCGGGAUUAUGGACACGAGAACGCCAAGAGUGGGGGGUUCGACUUUGAACGUAUUUGGCAGCUCUUCUGUGAGCGGCCGUACUGGCGACGGCUGUGGAUCGUGCAGGAAGUGGUGCUGGCUCGAAAAGCGGUGGUGGCGUGCGGGAGUGGCGAGGGGGUGGUGGUGGACUGGGAGGAUAUUCGGGAUGCGCUGCAGUUGUUCGAGUGGAUCAUCCUUUACUCGAACAUUGAUCCCAAGUAUCGGCGGCUGUAUGAGUUGCUGGGAGACAUCAUGCCCAAGGUCGUGCAUCUCGAGGAGGCCACGAAUGCGUACAGGCGCAAUCUGCGGAAAGGAAAAGAUGGCAUGCGGCUCAUGGAGGUGCUGCUGUUUACCGACUUUGCGGAUGGAGAGGACAAGUCUAUUCAGGCAACGGAUCCUCGUGAUCGCAUCUACGGAUUGCUCGGUCUCAUACGGGAGUGUGACAGGAAGAAAAUCCCGGUGGACUACUCGGAUAAGACAACGGUCAGCACAGUCCUCACGCACGUCGCCCUAGCUUUGAUACAAGAAUAUGGCCCGGAUGUACUAUGUUAUCAUCGGGAGACCGCUCGUUGGGCACAUGAGGGGCUUCCCUCUUGGGUGCCCGACUGGACGGCACCUAGGAGCCCGACGAUCGGCAGCGUCAACCUUGACGGACCUGGAGCCAGAUUCGACUUCAAUGCCACAAAGGGAAAGCAUUGGCCCUCAAACAGCACGGUGAAGACUGCAAUGAUUGGAGAGUCGAAGCUCGCCCUCUUCUUGCCGGGAGCAGCAAUGUCAACUGUCGCCCGUAUCGGUUCAGAGUUCACUAGUGUCUCAGGACAGGAGGACUACCUGCUCGCAUGUCGAGCAUGGUUAGAAGAGUUGCUGCAAUUGGCGAGUGAAAGCGAUGAAGUUGCAAGGGACAACAUCUGGCGAGUGCCCAUGGCAGAUUUCGGUCUAGCGACCCGUGCAGAGCUCGAGACACCAGAGCGGUACAUACACGGCUUCAACGUCCUUCUAGGGAGAGUUGCGCCCCCCGCAGAAGCUCAAGUAUCUGAAGAAACAAAAAGAAGUUGGAUGCUGUCGGAGUCUUGGAACUACCGUCGUACCUGGAAGAUCUACCGAAGACGUGCGUUUGUCGAUGCAUCUGGCAGACCUGGGCUGGCGCCUCGGCAGACCUCUCCGGGAGAUUCCAUUGCCCUUUUCAGAGGAGGACAAGUUCCUGUGAUGCUGCGGGAAACCAAGGAUGGGAUGCAUGGGUAUCGGGUGCUUGGUACUUGCUAUGUCCAUGCUCUGAUGGACGGGGAGGGCACCGAGACGCAACAGUGGGCGGGGGCUUUGUCGUCAAGCCAGAAAAUUAUGCUGGUAUGA